AUGGGCGGCGGUAGUGGUAGUAGUUCUUUGUCGUUUAAAGCCCCGUUUGUAACACUUAUAGUUUUCGGUUUUAUCUUAGUUAUGUUAGUUGGGACCCUGCAAAGUGAAGGAAACAAAACAAAGACGACAUUAACAACUGCUGAUCAGUCGUCGUCAUCGUUAUCGACGUCGGGAAAGCUGCAGCAGGAAGAGCAAGUGAAGGUAAUAGGUAGAGGAAAGUCGGGUCUAGUGCAUCCACAGCUGGAUCUCAACUACAUGAGCAAAAGAAGAGUUCCUAAUGGACCAGAUCCUAUUCAUAACAGGCGAGCUGGCAACUCGGGACGAUCGCCGGGACAAUCUUAGGCAUCAAAGUAUGGGAAAGCUUAUCAUGACCACAAAGCCAU